AUUCACAUUCUGACUGACCAAAGAUGAAUCUGAACAUCUUCGUUGUUCUUCUUUGCGCUCUCUUCGCUGGAGGACACUCACUUAAAUGUUAUGAGUGUACAGGUGUGACGGGUUCUUGUGCAGGUGUAGAGAAGACGUGUCCCUCUAAUUCGACUACAUGUACAAGUGUAACAGUCACAGAAUCCAUUGGUCUCGCUACGGUUAGCGUAGCGGUUAAGGAGUGCAAUGCGCCACAAAGCUGUGUAAAUGGAACCAUUAACUUUGGCAUUUCAAGGACAGCGUUAUCUAUGGAUUGCUGUAACACUGACCUCUGUAAUGGCAAAGACGUCACAGAUUACAGCUCUAACACCCCUAAUGGGAUGCAAUGUUACUACUGUAAUGGUAUCAGUUGCUCAAACAAAUUAAACUGUUUGGGAACUGAAGACUACUGCAUUAAAGCACAAGUAACUUCUGUGACAGCUCUAAAAGGAUGUGCCUCUAAAUCAAUCUGUAAUGUUACAUCACAAGUGACUCAAGAUUUCGUGGGAAUCUCAUGCUGUCAGGGGAAUCUGUGUAACAGUGCUAAGAGCAUCACUCAGCACCUCCUCUUUCUCUUAUGGCCCUUCAUCUUCUACAUCCUGAUCCAUUAAAUUUAAAAAGUGUGAAAGUGACAAAGCUUUAUGUUUUUAAAAUAUACCACUUAUCACUGCAACAACAAAAUGUUUUAUUGGAAUAAAAUGCUUUAUGCAAUAUAGCUUGAGAUUUUAUGCAUUAUCUUUGAUGUUAUUUUAAGAAAAAAAUGAGAUACUGGGAUACAUAUAAAAACAAAAUAUGACACAACAUUAAACAUUGUCCAUAAUUUUUAGACAAAAACUAUUGGACUGAAUUUAAUAAUGAUAUUAUGAUGUUUGUAAAUCGCUUAGGAUUAAAGCAUCUGCCAAAUUAUUAGCGCAAUGGUUGUGUUUUCUAUUAUUCAUGCAAUAUUGUAAUUUAAUAAUUUCGAUACAAACUAUUUAAAAUAAAGGUUCUUAAAAUAUCUUUUAUCGAGUUGUAUGUUUCAAAAAAGAACCGUUAACAUCCUUUCUGCUGCACAAAAAGGCUUUUGAAGUAAAAAAAAAGGUUCUAAAAGGAAGGGAAAAGCCACUUUAUUUACCACAAACACUUUAUAAAAAGUUGUAUAAAAAGAUUGUCUAUGUUAUAUUAACUGUAAAGCAGAUCCAUAUCCAUAGCUACAUUAACUUUGG